CGUUCACCGACGAGGGUGCGGACCCGACGACCCGUUUCCAAAACUCCACAUUACCCAAUGCCCGCUAUCCACUUGAACGGGACGGCCGAUCAGGGUGCCAACUCCCAUCCCCAAACCCAGAAGAAGGAAGGGGGAGAAGAACCCAAAGGCGGCCCUAAAACUGUGCUAAUAGUAGUCAUGGGGGUUUCGGGAACAGGAAAGUCCACUCUAGGAUCCACCCUCGCCAAGGAGCUUCGAAUGGAGUGGAUAGAGGGAGACGACCUUCAUCCCAAGGCAAACGUAGACAAGAUGUCCGCUGGGAUACCCUUGAACGACGCUGACCGAGAACCUUGGUUGGAAUUGAUUCGAACGACAGCCGAGCAAAAGAUUGUGGAGCUCCAAUCCCAGUCUGCGAAGCAAGAGUUCGAGGGUGGAGGAAAGGUGCAGGGGGUAGUCGUCGGGUGCUCAGCUCUGAAGGUAUACUACCGGGACAUCCUUCGCGGACUGCGCAGGCCAGCGUCACACCCAUCCAACGCUCAGAAGCUCAAGGAAGCCAAUGGAGUCGACAUCCCAUCAGACUUGCUUAAACCACCCCUCCCCGAAAUUCUCCCGACGUUUUUCGUAUUUAUCAACGGCCCGCGGGAGGUGCUAUACGAUCGGAUGGAGAAGAGGCCAGGUCACUUUAUGAAGGCCUCCAUGCUGGACAGCCAAUUAAACACAUUGGAGCCUCCGACGGGGGAGGAGGGUGUGAUAACAGUUUCGUUGGAAAGUACAACGGAGGAGCAAGUUGAGGUCGCGAAGCAAGCGCUGGCGGAGAUGCUAGGCAUGGAGCUGUGAUGUUGGGUUGAAGAGUUUUACCGGAACACACGGGGUGCAAAGCGACAGGUAUAAUGGUGUACACAACACAUCCUACAUAGC